AUGUCCGAUACUGCGGGUUCCUCUGACUGCCUCCAAAACCCUCCUUUCUCCGCCACGUUCGGUGCUGCUAGCACCUUCAUCUCCCUUCCUCCAAAUUCUUUUUUCAUUGUGAUUGCUGCUCCGAAAACAAAGAGUCCUGCUCCCUCGAAUUCCAGCGACCGUUGUCAUAAUUGCUGGCAGCUUGGCCACAAGAAACCGAAUUGUUCAAACGAGUACCUCAAGCGGUCAAUGGACAUAAAAGACCCGGGCCGAAUCAAGAAUUCCAAGAGAAAGAGAAAUGCCGAUGGCGCCUGGACGAAGGGAAAACCACCAAAGAAGCUGAUCUGUUCUGGCUCGGGGCCGUCCACCCACUUCCCAUACACAGAAUCAAAAGAGCUCAAAGAGCGUAAAGCACAAGAAGAUACCGCUGCCGCAGUUACUUUUACCUCCCUUAGGGAGAGUGUGCGCGCGUUGGUAGACAGUGACGCUUCUCAUAAAGAGCAAUUACGAGUGAUUGCAGAAGAUGCAGCUGCUCUCAGAGAGGAACGUCGCAUUGAGGUCGAGGAGUGGCGCGUUGUGGUAGAAGAAUGCCGCAUUAAGCUCGAAUUCUUGAAGGGUCACAUGGCACUGCUUUUGCAGCAUAUUUGUGCGCUGAAGGGCGGGAAGUCGGUCUCAAUGCCAAACAAGAAAAUUAUGGUGAAGAAGGAAAACGAUCUGAACGUUUGA